AUGAGUUUCUCCUCACCUCUCGAUGGCGGCGGGGCAGGCAGUGCCGCAGAACAGCGCGCCUCGUUGUUCACAGCUGCCGAGAACACAGAGUUUCAAGCGAUCUUAGCGGAGUGCAGCACCUUCCCAUCCUACGAGCGGCAAUAUCAAGAGGUGCUCAUGACGCUGGAGGGGGACGACGUCCUCGACAAGUUCCGCGCUGAGUACGAAGGCCUCCACCGAUCCUUGCUGCGCAGUCACGAGAGCGAGGGCCGGCUUCUGCGCAAGUGCACGGACCUGCAGAGCGACAUCGAGGCCUGCGCGGAGAGGGCGGUGACGGCGGCUGAGCUGACUUUGGGGGACCGUGACACCAUUGCCCACCUCAAGAGUGAGACGGAGCGUACUUCACACAGGUUGGUGCAGGUGAAAGAGAAAGAGGCCCAGCUGAAGGAGGCGAUCGACACGCUCAAGCGCGACAUCGCGGAGCAGCAGGCAAAGGCGCAGGAUCCGAUCGACAUUCCGGAGCAGGAGGCCGCUCUACGCAGUCUACGAGGCCUCCAUGAAGCUCUGCAGCGGGAGGAGGAGCAGCUGGUUCAACAGUUCCGUAGCGCCUCUCUCGACGUGGCCGCCACGCAGCGACGCAUCGCUGCACUGCUGAGCAACAAUUCCACCAAUGCUGCUGAACUCAGUCUUGUACGCGAGAUGAUCUCGAAGACGGAGGAGGAGGUGCAGACGGUGCUGGCGAGCAGGGCUGUGAAAGAGCAGGAGCUGAAGGCAGUGCGCGACACGAUCGCCCGCCGCAUCGCGUCCCACACCUCUCAACAGCACACCCUCGACGCGCUCGGCGAGGACCACGAGCGCAACGGGCAGGAGCUGCGCAACAUCAGGCACGAAGAGGCGCGGCUGACCGAAGAGUACCAGGGUGUUUGCCGUCAGCUGCAACACGUUAACACCGCUUUGCAGGAGUGCAGCGAGGAGAAUGAUCUGUGGCAGCGGCGCGCGCACGAGAAGGCGGCGGAGCUGCAGGCGUAUCAGGCCGCAGUCGUCUCCAUGCACAGGCGUUACAUCAAGGCGCAGAAGGUUGUUGAGGCACUGCAGCGGCGCAACGCCGUUACGGAGGAGCAGAGAUCGGAGCAGCUAACGAAGCAUCGCGAGUUGGCGACGCAACUGAAGAGCGAGGAGGCCGCUCUCGCCCGCGCGAAGCAGGCGGCCCACGCCACCACGCAAACGGCAGCGUCUGUCAAAGGGGAGGUCAACCUCUUGCAGCAGCAUAUCGCCGGCGAAGCGGCCGAGCAGCAGCGCAACGCCGCGUGGCUCGCGGAGAAGCUUGGGCAGCUGCGAGUGCUUGAGAGCGUGCUGGCAUCUUCCGAAGAGCACAUUCAGCGGACACACCAGGAGGUGUACGUAUUGGCGCAGGAGGCGGAGAUUAGCGAGGCAGGCGCGAAGAAGUACGCCUCUGCGUGUGCGCACCUCCUCAGCGACGUUGAAAACAAAGGCGCCAUGGUGGCCCAGUACGAGGAGCAGCUCACGGCGGUGGAGGCACGCGUCAAGCAGCAGCAGUCGCUACUCGAGUCCAUGGUGGGGGAGCGCAACACCUACACCUCGCACUACGACCAGCUGAAGCAAGGGCUCAGCGAGCAGCAGCAUCAGUUCACACUGCUAGUGGCGAAGGUGCAGUCCAUGCGCAGCGCCAUCGAGAAGCGGGAGAAGGAUGUGACGCUCGAGGCAGCGCACGUUCAGCUACUGCAGAAGCAGCAGAAGGACAUUGAGGUGCACGUGGUGGACUUCGAGCGCCGGGCUAACAAGAAGCAACUGUGUGCCGAGGCACUAGGGCAGGAGAUACGGCAACUUCGUGCGGUUCUCAGCGACGCAGCCGACGAGACGCGCCGGCAGCAGCGCCGCUGUCAUGAUGUCGUGCAUGAGAGGGACAUGCUUGACCGCCAAGUGACGGACCGCGCUGCGGAGGUGCAGGCGCUGUACGAGCAGGCGCACACAAAAGAGUUUCUUCUGCGGCGCCACGAGGCCCUCUACAAUGACCAGGCACAGCAGCUGGAGCACCUCGAGUACCAGACGGUGCAGUUUGCACAGCAGCUGGAGAAGAUGCGCACGUUCGUCGCCCGCCUGCCGGAGUUGCGCGUACUGCUGAAUAACGCAACACGUGAGCUGCAACGGGAGAAGGUGCGAGUGCAGGCGCUGCUCGAUGACGCGGCCCGCCCUGUUAACGUGCACCCGUACCACGAGCUGGCCUCGGCCGAGCCCGAGACGCACGCGCUGCUGCAGCGAGUUCAGAGGCUCCAGCGGGUGCUGGUCCAGCGCCGGAAUGAGCUCGAGGAGAAGGAGGCGGCCAUCCAGUCCGUGGAACAGCGCUACAUGAACGCCAAAGCCACCGUCGCGCAUCAGCCCGGGCCGGAGAUCGCGGAGCAGCUCACUGCCUAUCAGCAGAACCUGACGAAGAAGCACCAGGAUAUGCGGCAGAUGCAGGAGGCCCUCGAGUUCUUCAGGUCUCAGACGGACCACUUCAAGGCACGACACGAUGUGCUGCGAGAGCGGCUGGCCGACAUGAGCAAGGCGUACGCGGCGGAGAGGGCCGAAAAGGAGAGGCGCUCCAGUGCAGGCGUCAUCGCAGGUGCCCCGCCCAUUACACCGCGCCCCGACUCACCGUCUGCGACGCCCGAGCCGGUCGUAUACCGCGGCUUCGUGGCGCCUCCGCGUGCCGCCACCACGACGGCGUUUACGCCACACGCCAACCCCGGUGAGGGAUCGGACCUCCCCCUCCUUGGGGGUCCACACGAGAACGCGGGACAGCGGUAG